AUGAAAUUUUUGGACUCCUUAAGUCCACAAUGGAGUAUCAGUUUAUUCCAUUAUUGUGCGCAUGGUGAAACUGGAGCAAAUGGAAUAGUUGGAAUUCAGGUUCCAAGCAAUGAGAUGGAUGAAUUACAUGACAGUGUCAACAAACUUGGGUUCAUAUUUGUCUUCAGAUUUGAAGUUCAGGGAAAAUGCAAUGCAGAGAAAACUUGCAACAAAUACUUUUGGAGAAAGAUGCUAAUAUACAUUAAUCAUCUCUUUGAGUAUGUAUGUCUGAUUAAUGAAAUGGUGUCAGCUAACAAGUGCAGUUUGGAGAUAGAUUACAAGAAAUAUAUCUAUGUCUAUCCCAACAUUGCCAUUUGGCUGGCUGAUGCACCUCAUUCUGUUCUAGAAGUGAUGGAAAAUGUUGCUAAAACAUGA